ACGCAGCUGGAUUUUCCUCCAGCACAUAUUUCUACCGGUUUCCCUUGUAAGCGGAUGUUGGCUUUUCGCCAGUCUUCCAGAUGAGCGUCAGGUCAAAGGUAGCAGAAACUCUGAGUGCGAUGGGUCGCAUCUGGUCGCACUUGCGCCACGACGAGACGGAUCGGGAGCUCAUCAUCCAUGUGACAACGGGCGACCGAAAACGUGCUGGAACCGAUGCUAAUGUGUGGCUCAUUCUCUACGAUGAAAAGGACCAGGCCACCGACACACUAAAACUUAACCGGACUCUCAAAAAUGACCACGAGAGAGGGGCCACGUGCACCUUCUUUGCUUGCUCCGGCAAUGGUUUCGGACAACCCAUAAAGGCUGAAUUCUGGCGUGAUUCUUUCGGCUUGGGUCACAACUGGUUCCUUGAGCGAAUUGUAGUGGAGGACAAAACCCACGGUAGUGAGCACAUCUUCCCCGUUCACAGAUGGGUGCGGCCAGAACGCCACUACAUUAUCUACGAAUAUGACUGCUGCUUACCUCAGGAAGAUGAAUUUCAGGAACAAAGAAGAACAGAACUCAAAGAAUACAGAAGGUUAUACCAGUAUGAACAACACGUCGUAAACGGACCGGUUCAGAUAAAACAGUUACCUGAAGACGAACAAUUUACAGAGGACUACAAGUGGGACAUCGUGAAAUGCAAAGGUCGUUUUAUGCUCGACACCAAACUUAUCCGUUGGACGACAGACAAAUGGGAAUCCAUCUGUGAUUUGAAGAAAUGUUAUAAAUACAGUCUUGGUGAGCCCGCCUGCUUAGAAUAUUGGAACGAGGAUCGAUGGUUUGGUCUGCAAAGGGUACAAGGUGUCAAUCCGGUUCUCAUCAAACUAUGCACAAUAAUCCCAGAAAAUUUUGGAGUAACAGCAGAUAUGGUGGAACCAUUUUUGGAAGGACUAACUUUGGCUGAGGCUAUACAGAAUAAAAAAAUAUUCAUAAUUGACCUGGAAAUCUUACAAGGCAUCAAUUGUAAGGAUGAUCGAUUGUUGUGUGCUCCUUUAGCCUUAUUCUUUCUCAACAAACAUAAGGAAUUAAUGCCCAUAGCUAUUCAGCUUUUUCAAGAAAAAGGGCCUGACAAUCCAGUUUUCCUUCCCAGUGAUCCUCCAACCACGUGGUUGACGGCAAAAAUGUACUAUAGUAAUGCAGACGCCAUGUUUCAUCAAUCUUGCACUCACUUAGGUUUCACUCAUCUUUUAAUGGAAGGAGUCGUGAUCUGUACCCACCGAAAUCUUUCCAACUCACAUCCGCUUUUCAAACUCUUGGCACCUCAUUUCCUCUUCCUUCUCGCCAUUAAUACAAGAGGUCUAGAGAAGCUAAUAUCGCCCGGCGGUUGGGUAGACAAGACGAUGACCAUUGGCAGAAAAGGAAUGUUCGAACUCAUAGCGAAAGGCAUGAGUCGGUGGCACAUGAAUGUCCAUGGAAUAGUUCCCAAUGAGAUUAAAUCGAGAGGAGUGGAAUGCGAUGUCUUGCCUCAUUAUCCUUAUAGAGACGACGCUUUUUUAAUCUAUCAUACGAUAAGAAAAUACGUUUCUAAGGUGGUGCAUCGUUUCUAUGACACGGAUGAAAAAGUGAUCAACGAUUACGAACUGCAGCAAUGGAGAGCCGAGAUGGUGAAAGAUCGUAAGUUAGGAGGAUGUGGAUUUCUGGGCGUUCCCGGUGAAGAAAACAACCGAUUCACAAACACAGAAGAAGUUGUGGACUCGAUUACGUCCAUAAUCAGUACUUGCAGUUUAGGACAUGCAGCGGCCAAUUUUCAACAAUAUGAUGAAUAUGCUUUCCCGCCAAAUUACCCAGGAAUACUAUAUGGAGAACCCCCUAAAGACAAAUCUCCUUUGCCAGACAGUGAUAUCUUGAACCGUAUUCCAAAUAAAGAGACAACACUAGACAUAAUGGUAAUCACUAAGUUACUGAGUAUGAGAGCGACUAAGUCAUUAGGAGACUUCGAAUCACAGUUCAUGUUCCAUCCAGCAUGUGUACAAGCGGCUGAAGAAUUUCGAGAGGAACUAGCGCAAAUUAGCCGUCAAAUCAAACUUCGCAACAGAUCCCAAGCUUUCACAUAUGAAUGGCUAGAUCCCGAGUUCAUUCCCAAUGCUAUCAGUAUUUGAAGCGAAUCUCAGUAUUCCUCAAAAUUGGACAAAGAAUUUGCUGAAGUCGAAUUAAAAUCAGGAUUAGCAUUGCAUGAAGUAUUAAUUCAAAGAGCUUUAAGAACUGGAACCAUGCCAGACCAUCGCAAUGUAGGAUUGAUCAAGACAUGAAUAGAUGGAUAUGAUUAGUUUCAUAUCAACAUCAGUCCCCUUUAUAUCAUUUGGAACAUUGCAUUCAUGGUAAUAUAUGCAGUUAUCAUUUGCUCAAGAGUCUUUAUGUUAUGUAGGAAAGUUGUAAAUGUUCCGUAAGAGCAGAAUUUGAAGUCUGUAAUCUGAAUUUUCAUCAUUUCAAUCAUUAUGUAGAAAAAGCGAAACCAUUUCAUAACCCAUUCAAUUUGAUUGCAUAGUGCUUAAGUCAUUGCAUUUUAUCCAUCAGUUUAAAUAAAGUUUUAUAUACAUUUCAA